AUGGAUUGGACCAAUGAGAGCAUCCAGGGAAAUUUCAUCCUUUUGGGGUUUUCUGACCGCCCCUAUCUGGAGAGGUUCCUCUUUGUGGUCAUCUUGAUUGCAUAUCUCCUGACCCUUGUGGGCAACACCACCAUCAUCCUGGUGUCCCGGUUGGACCCCCACCUCCACACUCCCAUGUACUUCUUCCUCACCCACCUGUCCUUCCUGGACUUCAGUUUCACCACCAGCUCCAUCCCUCAGCUGCUCUAUAACCUGAAUGGGCGUGACAAGACCAUCAGCUACACAAGCUGUGCCAUCCAGCUCUUCCUGUUUCUGGGCCUGGGCGGUGUAGAGUGCCUGCUCCUGGCGGUCAUGGCAUAUGACCAGUUUGUUGCAGUCUGCAAGCCCCUUCACUACAUGGUGAUCAUGAAUCCACAACUCUGCUUGAGCCUGGUGUCGGUAGCCUGGGUCUGUGGACUGGCCAACUCUUUGAUCAUAUCUCCAAUGACUCUGUGUCUGCCCCGCUGUGGGUACUGCAAAGUAGACCACUUCCUGUGUGAAAUGCCUGCUCUGAUCCUGAUGGCCUGUGUCAAUACAGCUGUCGUUGAAGGCAUUGCCUUUAUUUUGGCCGUGGGCAUUGUUCUGUCACCCUUGGUGUUCAUCCUGGUCUCCUAUGGCUACAUUGUGAGAGCUGUAUUAAGUAUCCGGUCAUCCUCAGGGAGGCUGAGAUUAGAAUUGGUCAAUCAGGAAAUUAAAGAGGAAUUAGAAAAAAAUCGUGGAAACUAA